AAUAAAACUCAUUCUUCCCCAGAGUGCGCCUACGUGUGUCUCACCCUGUUGCGUUUGUGUUGCUGUAUAAAUUGCCUACUCACAUGGAAACAUUAACUUCUAAGCUCAGCUUCACUUCAUUGCCAAUCGUCUCUCUCAAUUGUCCGAUCUCUCUUCAACUUCCAUUCUAUUUCAUCGUUUUGUAAAUUUGAAUUGAAGUGAGUAUGGGCGAUGUUAUAAGAACAGAAAUUAUUAGAGACGAUUCGUCGGAUUCUGUAGAUUACGAAGUGGACGAUUUGAGAGAUAAGAUCAAAUCGUCGCGAGGAAGCCGAUUUGAAUUGAUUGCGAAUCAGUUGCAGCGAAGGCGAUACUUCAGUCGUCAAAAUGUUAUCACUGGAUUCAGAGAUCUCUCCAAAACUCUCGUUAUUCAUCCCGAUAACAGGUGGUACCGGGCCUGGACAAAAUUCAUACUCAUAUGGGCACUCUACUCGUCCUUCUUUACACCCUUGGAGUUUGCUUUCUUCAGGGGACUUCCAGAGAACCUCUUUAUUUUGGACAUUGCUGGGCAGUUGGCUUUCCUUCUUGAUAUUAUCUUGCAAUUCUUUCUUGCCUACAGAGAUAGCCAGACUUACCGCAUGGUUUAUAAGCGCACACCCAUUGCUCUCAAGUACUUAAAAUCCAGUUUUAUCAUCGAUUUACUCAGUUGCUUGCCUUGGGAUAUUAUCUAUAAGGCUAGUGGAAGAAAAGAAGAAGUCAGGUAUCUGUUAUGGAUUAGGUUAUAUCGGGUACGCAAAGUCAUUGAAUUUUUAAAUAAUAUGGAGAAGGAUACCCGAAUCAAUUAUCUGUUCACCAGGAUUGUGAAACUUAUUGCUGUUGAACUCUACUGUACACACACAGCAGCAUGCAUCUUUUACUAUUUGGCUACCACUCUUCCUCCUGAAAAAGAGGGAUACACAUGGAUUGGAAGUUUAAAAUUGGGUGAUUAUAGCUACUCAGAUUUCAGAGAGAUCGACCUCUGGCUGCGAUACACAACAUCUUUGUAUUUUGCAAUUAUAACCAUGGCCACUGUUGGUUAUGGGGAUAUACAUGCAGUCAAUCUGAGGGAAAUGAUAUUUGUAAUGAUUUAUGUGUCUUUUGACAUGAUUCUUGGAGCUUACUUGAUUGGUAACAUGACAGCAUUAAUUGUAAAAGGUUCAAAGACGGAAAAGUUCAGGGAUAAAAUGGCAGAUGUCAUUAAAUAUAUGAACAGAAAUAGACUUGGGAGGGACAUUCGAGACCAGAUCAAAGGCCACUUGCGAUUACAGUAUGAGAGUAGCUACACUGAGGCUGCCGUCCUUCAAGAUAUCCCUGUCUCCAUUCGUUCUAAGAUAUCCCAGACUUUAUAUUUGCCGUACAUUGAAAAGGUUUAUCUUUUUAAGGGAUGCUCUUCAGAAUUUAUCAAUCAGAUUGUUAUUAGACUCCAUGAGGAAUUUUUUCUCCCUGGAGAAGUGGUAUUGGAGCAGGGAAAUGUUGUAGAUCAACUCUACUUUGUCUGUCAUGGUGUGCUGGAGGAGGUUGGCGUUGGGGAAGAUGGAAUGGAAGAAACUGUUUCAUAUUUAGAACCUAAUAGCUCAUUUGGAGAGAUUUCUAUUCUUUGCAACAUUCCUCAGCGUUACACUGUUCGGGUUUGUGAACUAUGUAGGGUUCUGCGGAUCGAUAAACAAUCUUUUACCAAUAUCCUUGAGAUAUAUUUCUAUGAUGGGAGGAAAAUAUUGACCAACCUUUUAGAGGGAAAAGAUUCCAAUAUUCGUGUUAAACAACUGGAGUCAGACAUCACAUUUCACAUUGCCAAGCAUGAAGCGGAACUUGCGUUGAGGGUGAAUAGUGCAGCUUAUCAUGGAGAUCUGUAUCAGCUAAAAGGUUUUAUUCGGGCUGGAGCAGAUCCCAAGAAGACAGAUUAUGAUGGGAGGUCGCCUUUGCAUCUGGCAGCAUCAAGAGGAUACGAAGAUAUUACAAUUUUCCUUAUUCAAGGAGGAGUAGACAUUAACAGAAAAGAUAAAUUUGGGAACACACCGUUACUAGAAGCCUUAAAAAAUGGACAUGAUCGAGUUGCUUCAUUACUUGUUAAUGAAGGGGCCUCCUUGAGUAUAGAUGAUGCUGGUUGUUUUCUCUGCAAAGCUGUUGUUAGGGGGGAUACAGACUUCCUUAAAAGAGUUUUGUCCAAUGGCAUUGAUCCAAAUUCCAAAGAUUAUGACCACAGAACCCCACUUCAUGUAGCUGCCUCAGAGGGAUUAUAUCUGAUGGCAAAGUUGCUGUUAGAGGCUGGUGCUAGUGUUUUUACGAGGGACAGAUGGGGGAGCACCCCUCUUGAUGAAGGUCGGAGGUGCGGAAACAAGAAUUUGAUCAAGCUACUGGAAGAUGCAAAAUCCUCUCAGUUGUCAGAAUUUCCUCAUCGCUCUGAAGGCAUGCUAGACAAAAAACUGCUGAGGAAAUGCACUGUGUACCCUUUCCACCCAUGGGAUACUAGUGUGCAUAGAAGACAUGGAAUUAUGUUAUGGAUUCCGCAUACCAUUGAAGAGCUUAUAAAAUCCGCUGCAGAGCAGCUAGGUUUUCCAAGUGAUUGUUGUAUAUUAUCAGAAGAUGCAGGUAAAAUUAUCGAUGUAGAUAUGAUUAGUGAUAGCCAAAAGCUGUACUUAGUGAGUGAAACACAUUAAGUAAGAACAUUGUCUGUUGUUGUAUAUUGUAAAAUUUUAGCUUCAUUUGUUUUCCAAAUUUGCUUGUAUCUUAUUGUACCCGU